AUGGAGAGUAGAAGACCGGAUCUGCUCGCCCCGCUUCUGCGGCUGCCCCGCCCCGUGGUGCUGGCGCUGGCCUUCGCCGGAGGAAGGCUGUCGGUGCUGGCGGCGGUGGCGGCGGAGGCGGAGCCCGCUCUGCUAGCGGUUCCUCGGCGUCUGGUGGUAUUCUUCGCUUCUACUCGGAGGACGCCGAAGGGCUUCAAGUGUACUCAGCCGACCGUGGUGAUCGUGGUGAGCCUGGUGUUCAUCGGCGUCGUCAUUUUCAUGCACCUGUGGGGCCGCUUCUUCCUGCGAGGAUAA